AUGUCAGCUUUGCUUCGUCUACGUGACUCCAGCGCCAAUCUACUGCCACUUGCGGCUAUUGUAUCAGGUCCAUUCGUUGAUCUGAGUGGAAGUGUCGACCCAGCAAGCGGUCAAAACUGCAUUCUCACUCGCAGUACCGCUGAAGCCGCUCGUGUUGUGUACCAUCCGACGUGUUCGGACCAAUCGACAUGGGCUGAUGCUUCACCGGUGCAUUGCCAUCUCAGUGGACUCCCACCAGUAUUCAUCCAAGCUGCUACGCUGGAUUAUCUUUAUCAAGACUCCGUACGCCUUAAAGAGAAAGCGAAAGCUGAUGGCGUCCAAGACUGGGAAAUGGAUGUAAACGAAGAAGUACCUCACGUGUUCUCGUUGUUUCCUUCGUGGAUAUUACCUUAUAGUAAAGUGGGCAUUCGUAAGAUGGCUGCAUUUGCAGCCGAGCAAUUCCAAAGAACUGAGUAA